UAUAUUUGUUUGGGGUAGUGUGUUCCUGCCCAUUUGUCUGUGUCUGGCUUGAACAGGCUCUGGCCCCUUAUAAAAGUGGAAUGACAUGGAUCUGCUCAGUGGCUGUUCAGGCUUUGCCACAGAGGGAAGAGGGCCCUGCUGACGACGACAGCGGCCAGAGGGGGUGCUGAUGGGCUGAGUGCUUGCCUAGCUCAGCAUGUCAAGUGCAAAGGAAAGGGAUGGAGACCAGGAUGUUCUCCCUGGAAGAACAGAAGACCUCAUCUCUCAUGCUGAGAUGAUGAACAACAACCAUGGAACAGAUCGGGAGCCCUCCAGCAGAAAUUCGGUGGUCAUCUGCCAGGCAGUGGGCAGGAGUAUCUUCACAUCCACCAUCUCUUCCGCGGCAGAGAGGGUCUGCCUCAUGCUGAAACAGGAGGAGGAGAACGAAGAAGCAAGUCGCCCAGUGCUAUUUAUACAGCUCUCAGAACUCUUCAGUGCCCCUGAAGGACUGGAAUGGAGGCAAACGGCCAGAUGGAUAAAGUUUGAAGAGAAAGUGGAAGAUGGAGGAGAACGCUGGAGCAAACCUCAUGUGACAACUCUGUCCCUUCACAGUCUGUUUGAGCUGAGGACGUGUAUAAGGAAAGGGACUGUCCUCCUAGACCUGGAAGCUCCAAGUUUCAAGCAAAUAAUUGAAAAGGUGAUUGAGAACCAGAUUGGGAACUAUCUCCUCCGGCCAGAAUCCUUGAAGAAACUCACCCAAGUUUUGCUCCUGAAACCUCAGCACCAGACCACCAAAUCACAGCUGAAGAUGCUGGUUGAAAUAGGGAUGGGCUCCUGCUGCUCUGUCAAAACUAGAACUAACACCCUUCUCUUCCAGCUUUUCCAAAGGGUUGCCUGGAAAGCAAAAAGUGCAGAAGAUCUCAUUGCAGGAAUCGAUGAGUUUCUGGAUGAGCUGACUGUCCUACCUCCAGGCAAAUGGGACCCAACCAUCCGAAUUUCUCCCCCAAAAUGCUUGCCCUCACCACAGAAGAGGCUGUCCAUGCACUUCCGUGAAUGGAGUCCUCACUCUAAUGGGAACAUAUCCGCCAUGGAUGACCGGCAUAUGCAUGGACAUGGCCAUCAGCAUGUCAGCGAGGAGCUGAAGAGGACAGGACGGCUAUUUGGAGGGUUAUUAAAGGAUAUCCAAAGGAAAGCCCCUUGGUAUUGCAGCGAUUUCUAUGAUGCCCUCAACCUCCAGUGCUUUUCAGCCAUCCUCUACAUCUACCUGGCCACAGUCACCAACGCGAUCACCUUUGGAGGAAUGCUGGGAGAUGCCACAGACAACAUGCAGGGUGUACUGGAGAGUUUCCUGGGCACUGCGAUUGCUGGUGCGUUCUUCUGCCUGUUUGCUGGCCAGCCUCUGACCAUCCUGAGCAGUACUGGCCCUGUCCUUGUUUUUGAGAGACUUCUGUUUUCCUUUAGCAAGCUAUUUGGAGGGUUAUUAAAGGAUAUCCAAAGGAAAGCCCCUUGGUAUUGCAGCGAUUUCUAUGAUGCCCUCAACCUCCAGUGCUUUUCAGCCAUCCUCUACAUCUACCUGGCCACAGUCACCAACGCGAUCACCUUUGGAGGAAUGCUGGGAGAUGCCACAGACAACAUGCAGGGUGUACUGGAGAGUUUCCUGGGCACUGCGAUUGCUGGUGCGUUCUUCUGCCUGUUUGCUGGCCAGCCUCUGACCAUCCUGAGCAGUACUGGCCCUGUCCUUGUUUUUGAGAGACUUCUGUUUUCCUUUAGCAAAGACUACAGUUUGGAUUAUUUAGAAUUCCGCCUUUGGAUUGGCCUCUGGGUGGCCUUCUUUGGCCUUAUCCUGGUGGCAACAGAAGCGAGUUACUUGGUGCAGUAUUUCACACGCUUCACGGAAGAAGGCUUCUGUGCCCUCAUCAGCUUCAUUUUCAUCUAUGAUGCAGUGAAGAAGAUGCUGUCCCUUGUGGAACACUACCCAGUCAACUGGGACUACAAGAUUGGGGAUGUCACCUUGUACAGUUGCACCUGCCAUAUGUCAGAGAGAGGCAACUUCUCUCUUAUGAACAAGACGCUGACCCCUGACCUCAGCACUUUUGGGGAGCAACCAGAUCCGAAGCCCGGGAAUUGGUCCCUGCUGACCAAAGAACAGUGCGUGCAACUAGGAGGCCACCUAGAGGGCAACAGCUGCAACUACGUGCCUGACAUUGCUUUCAUGUCUUUCAUUCUCUUCUUGGGGACUUUCCUCUCCUCUAUGGUACUGAAGAACUUUAAGUCAAGCCGGUAUUUCCCCACCGCACUGAGGCGGCUAGUAGGGGAUUUCUCCAUUAUCUUGGCUAUCCUUACCUUCUGUGGAAUUGAUGCUGUCCUUGGAUUAGAGACCCCAAAGCUCAUCGUGCCAAACCAGUUCAAGCCUACAAAUCCUGCACGGGGUUGGUUUGUCUUUCCAUUUGGAGCGAAUCCCUGGUGGAUCUGCUUGGCUGCAUCAGUGCCUGCCAUUUUGGUCAUCAUUCUUGUCUUCAUGGACCAGCAAAUCACAGCGGUUAUUCUUAACCGCAAGGAGUAUAAACUGAAGAAAGGGGCGGGAUUUCAUCUAGAUUUCUUCUGUGUUUCCCUACUGAUGAUUCUUACCUCUCUUCUGGGCUUGCCCUGGUACGUGUCAGCUACAGUCAUAUCCCUGGCCCAUAUGGAGGGUCUGAAGAAAGAGAGCACGACUUGUGCUCCAGGCGAGCAACCAAAGUUCCUUGGAAUCAGGGAGCAGAGAGUGACAGGAUUGAUGGUCUUCAUCCUCACUGGGCUUUCUGUGUUCUUGGCACCUGUACUCAAGUUUAUUCCAAUGCCUGUGCUGUAUGGUGUUUUUCUCUACAUGGGUGUGGCAGCACUCAGCAGUAUCCAGUUCACAGACCGACUCCAGCUCCUACUGAUGCCUGCUAAACACCAGCCUGACUUUAUCUACCUCCGCCAUGUUCCACUGCGCCAAGUCCAUCUCUUCACCUUCAUUCAGAUCCUUUGCCUGGCUAUUCUGUGGAUUAUUAAGUCAACUGCAGCUGCCAUUAUCUUUCCACUAAUGCUGCUGUCUCUAGUAGGGGUACGAAAAGCAAUUGAAUACAUCUUCCCCCGGCAUCACCUGGCUUGGUUGGAUGAUGUCAUGCCAGAAAAGGAGAGAAAAGAGGAAGAGGAAAAGCUGAAGAAGAAGCAAGAUCAUGAUGACAGUGACAGCGAGGAUUCUGAACUUAUGUACCAAGAAAAAGGACCAGAAAUCAACAUCUCUGUGAACUAGAAGGACUGAUACUUGCCAGUGGACCAGGCCAGAGAUGAAUGUGUGUAAUGUGAAGGAAAGAUGGAAUGGCUUCACAAUGCCUUUUGAUUGGUAAUACUGGGAGUCCUCUGUCUGGAAGCCUGCCCUCUGUUAUACUCUCCACUGGCAGCUGUUGUUGCUGUGGUGGUAAUGGGGUGGAGGCACUGCUAUCUUUCUCAUUGCAGUUGCAGCAGAGCUCAGAUCAAGAGUGGAGGAGGAGAGAGCCUUCACUUUGCCAUCCAGCUUUGCAGCUCUUCAUCUGACCUCUCCAGUCAGCACAGUGAAAGGACACAAGA